AUGUCUUAUACCACGACAGCAACUGAAGAGGCAACCUCAUUUCUAAGCCUCAAGCGCUUGGAGAUAGGACCAGAUGAAUACCCUGGCCUUGACCCAGAAUGGCGAAAGCUAUGGAACACUCAUGGAAGUUCCAUGGUUCGGGCAGAUGAAGUCAGCAUCGAGGAGUAUCGCCUCAAUCCCGCAAAAUACAGCUUCACAUACCCAACAUACAAAGGUCCAGAAGUCUUCCAUGUUGAAGAUAGGCAAAUCCCAGUUACGAAACCAGAAGGUUUGAUCACUGUGAGAAUCUAUACCCCGGAGGGACCUGGGCCGUUUCCAGUGCAUCUGAACUUUCACGGUGGAGGUUGGGUGCUAGGGGGUCUUCAGUCUGAAGCGGCGUGGUGUCGACAUAUGUGCAAUAAGGCUUCCAUCAAGGUUAUCGACGUUGACUAUCGUAUGGGCCCGGAGUAUAAGUAUCCAACAGCCAUAUAUGACUGUUGGGAUGCUGUAAAAUGGACCAUAAAUAGCGCAACUGAGCUUAACAUCAACCCGAAAAGCGUCUCAUUCGGCGGUCUUUCUGCAGGUGGUCACAUGACUGCCGUUCUGGGCCACUUUGCUCGCGACGAGGGCAUCGACAUCAAGUUGCAGCUCUUGAUUGUCCCAGCCACGGACAUGCGCUAUUGUAGCUCCAAAAUAAAACAACUCACGGCAGAGAAUUGUCCAUAUGACAGUGUUUUGAGACUGAAGGGCGUUCCAUGGGGACCUCUCGGGCGAGAACAAUGGUUCUUGAAAUAUUUCGUCGGCGAGAACGCUGAUGAGCUUGAGGAUAAGUUGACCAGCGAGUGGAUUCUCACGCCAGUAAUCGCUCCAAACUUCAAGAGCCUGCCUCGGGCGCAUAUUGUAACUGCAGAGUUUGACCUGGAAAGAGACGAAGGAGAGUACUAUGGACGGUUGUUGAAGGAUGGAGGGAAUGAAGUUACUAUAAAGCGCUAUGCGGGUUGCCCCCAUGCUUUUGCGCAUUAUAAUCAUCCAGAAAGAGGAUUGGCCAAGGCCUUUGAGUUCAUUGAGGAUACAGCUGAGCUACUAAGAAGUGUACAUGAGAUAAGUCCAUAG